GCAAGUGGCACAGGCUGUCUCCACUUUCCGUGUACACGGGCUCCCAUGCCUGGGGGCAUAGGCUCAAGGACACAACAGACAGGCCGAUUGAUGCUGGUUUCCCCUUUCUAUUUCCGAAAGAUUUCUCCGUGGACAAUGGCAGCCACGAUCCAGGCCAUGGAGCGGAAGAUUGAGUCUCAGGCUGCUCGCCUGCUUUCCCUAGAAGGCCGGACAGGGAUGGCCGAGAAGAAGCUGGCCGACUGCGAGAAGACAGCGGUGGAGUUCGGCAACCAGCUGGAGGGCAAGUGGGCCGUGCUGGGGACGCUGCUGCAGGAGUACGGGCUGCUGCAGAGGCGGCUGGAGAACGUGGAGAACCUGCUGCGCAACAGGAACUUCUGGAUCCUGCGGUUGCCCCCGGGCAGCAAGGGGGAGGCCCCCAAGGUGCCCGUGGCCUUUGAUGAUGUGGCCGUGUAUUUCUCCGAGCAGGAGUGGGGCCGGCUGGAGGACUGGCAGAAGGAGCUCUACAAGCACGUGAUGAGGGGCAACUAUGAGACGCUGGUCUCCCUGGACUACGCCAUCUCCAAGCCCGAGGUCCUCUCCCAAGUUGAACAAGGGAAGGAGCCGUGCAGCUGGCGUCGCACUGGCCCCAAGAUUCCAGACGUUCCUGUGGACCCAAGUCCAGGCUCGGGGCCCCCAGUGCCGGCCCCUGACCUCCUCAUGCAGAUCAAGCAAGAGGGCGAGCUCCAGCUCCAGGAGCAGCAGGGCCUGGGUGUGGAGGCCUGGGCGGCCGGACAGCCAGACAUCGGAGAGGAGCCCUGGGGCCUCAGCCAGCUGGACUCCGGAGCAGGAGAGCUCUCCACUGAUGCUGCCUCUGGCGUUCAUUCCAAUUUUCCGACCACCAUCCCACCCACUUCCUGGCAGGCCGACCUCCCUCCGCACCAUCCUUCCUCUGCAUGCUCCGACGGGACGCUGAAGCUCAACGCAGCAGCCUCCACCGAAGAUGUAAAAAUUGUGAUAAAGACGGAAGUCCAAGAAGAGGAGGUGGGGGCCACACCGGUGCAUCCCACCGACCUGGAGGCUCAUGGGACUCUGUUUGGACCAGGCCAGGCCACAAGGUUUUUCCCCAGUCCUGUCCAGGAAGGAGCUUGGGAAAGCCAGGGCAGUUCCUUCCCGAACCAGGACCCAGUGCUGGGGCUGCGGGAGCCCGCCCGGCCUGAGAGAGACAUGGGGGAGCUCAGUCCAGCCGUGGCCCAGGAAGAGACCCCUCCAGGAGACUGGCUCUUUGGUGGGGUCCGAUGGGGCUGGAAUUUCCGUUGUAAACCUCCAGUGGGCCUGAACCCCAGGACUGGGCCCGAGGGGCUCCCUUACUCCUCCCAGGACAACGGAGAGGCUGUCCUGGACCCCAGCCAGGCCCCGAGGCCCUUCAACGAACCCUGCAAGUACCCCGGCCGGACAAAAGGCUUCGGCCACAAGCCGGGGUUGAAGAAGCACCCGGCAGCGCCCCCCGGAGGCCGGCCUUUCACCUGCGCCACGUGCGGGAAGAGCUUCCAGCUGCAGGUCAGCCUGAGCGCGCACCAGCGCGGCUGUGGGCUGCCCGACGGCGCGGGGCCCGGGAC